AUGGGAUACUACUGCCCUGAAGGCACUAGGUUUAACAAUGAAUUCCCUUGCCCUAUUGGAACAUUCAACAACCGUACAGUACUAUCUGAUAGCAGCCAAUGUAGUCCCUGUUCAGGUGGCUUUUACUGCCCUACACUUGGUAUGGUCACCCCAGUACAACUACAUGCUGCAGGUUACUUCUGUAAGACCCUAGCUAAGACUGCCUCAUCAAACCAAGGUACUACUGUGAGAUAGCACCAGAUCUCCAUUAUGUGCCUGGUGGGGCACUAUUGUGAGGAAGGAUCCAGAGAACCCGAGCCAUGCCCUGCAGGAACCUAUAGUAACAAUGUAGGCAACCCCAAUGCAGCUAUGUAUAGACCUUGUGAUGCAGGAAUGUACUGCAAUGAAACAGAAUGUCGGCACCAACUGGAGAGUGACGCUGGAUUUUAUUGCCCUGGUUGGAAUUCAGUGGUGACCCCUGUAGAUACUCCCUGUGUUAUUGGGCUUCAUUGUCCACAGGGAGCCCCAGCCCAGUGCCAUGUGACCCAGGCACCUAUAGAAAUCUCACUCAGGCAUCUGUAUGUCUUGAAUGCCCUGCUGGUUUCUACUGUGUACCUGAAGAGGUUGUUGCAGGGACCUGGUUCACGGACAAACCUGAGUAUUUCAGCUUUUGGUGACAUUGCUCUGGGGAUAUUUGGCUUUGGCUUUGAAGAUGUCCUUAUACAUUUACUUUGCCAUGUUUGGCCCGAUGUUUUUGAGUUGUCCCCCCAUGAGAUUCAAGCUUUUAUGUCUACCAUAGAGGGGAUGAGGGUUGGACUAGGGCCCUCUGGAGUACUGCAAUACAUCAUCCAGAUUUGUGAUCUUUAUCUUGGUACUCCAGCCACAAUAAUGGAUACACAGAUACAUCAUUCAUGGACAGUCAUUGACAAUUUAUAUAUCUACUGCUGCUGCUAAGUCACAGUAGAGAAAAUGUUCCAUAAAGUAGAAGUUGAACUAUGUGUACCUGGUAGACUGCUUAUAAGUUUUUGAUAGCACAGUUUUAUUUCAAAAACUGUCAAUAUAUAUAUAAUAUAUUUUUGGAAUAUGUAUAUUGAAUUAUAUUAAUGUAUGAGACUCAUUAAGCAACUUACUCAAGUUAGCAUCAUUUAGCUAUUAAGUUUAAUAUUUUUAUCUUUUGGAAAGAAAUGUACCAUAC